AUGAUGUACUUUCUGGCUCAUGAUGUGCAGUGGGACUUAUUAAAGAAACAAUGGCAUGCUGCCGCACGUCAAAGGCGUUCUGCUAUACGGGCAAAACGUGUUCAGUACAAUGAAGAUCAUGAGCAGUCCCUGUGCAAUACUCGGUUAACUAGGAGCGGGGAGCAGAAGAAAUUUCACCAAAAUGGGGAUAGGCCAUUAGAUGAAGGGCAAGCAUGUGAUGUGCAGUGGGAAUUACUGAAGAAACAAUGGCAUGCUGAUGCAGGUCAAAGGCGUGCUGCUAUACUGGCAAAACGUGUUCAGCACAAUGAAGAGCUUGAGCCAUCUAUGCCCAAACCACUGUUAGAUAGGAUGGGGGAGCAGAAGAAAUGUCACCAAAAUGGGGAUAGGCAAUCAGGUGAAGGGCAAGUAAGUAAGGGAAAGGACCAUGACGGGGGCUUUGAUCAUCUUUUGAUACUUGCACAGUCAGCUGAAUUACUGUCAGAAUCUGAAGUUUGCUUCCAUGAGGAACACAGAAAUGACGAAAAUAGUGAAGGAUUAUGUACUGAUCCAAAUGCUCAAAAGUCAGAAGAAAAUCUUAGCAAUGCAACUUCUACUGAUCAGAAAUAUAUAGGGACACAAAAUGAUGGACUUCUUGUAAGUGCUAAUGUAGGAGCUGAACAGGAUGGAAUCUGUUGCCAGGCCAAAAUACCUCGCUUAAGUCAAAUUCGGCGACAAGCUCGAUCUAAAACUCAUUUCUUGGUGCAAGAUAAUAAUGGGGAGUACACUGAUGAUCAUUUACAAGGAAGAACACCUCGCUUAAGCCAAAUCCGGCGUCUAGCUCGUUCUAGACAUUUACAAAGUAAACAUCUGAAAUUGCAAAGUAAACAAUAUCUUUCAUAUUUUCUAGAUGCAGCUGAUACAAUCUUAUUAACGGGUUGUGACCAGAACCAGAUGAGCAGAAUCUAGGAAGAGUUCCUGCUGUACAAGGUCAAACAGGUGACCCCUAUCAAAAGGGUGA